AUGAUCAAUCAAUUCAAUCACAGCAUUUUUCUUGUCCUGGCAUCAAGUUAUAUUUCUCAAAACACCUCUUAUAAUAUACAGCUUGAACAGACUCUGGUCACUCCGAUUCAAGUAACGUCGAUAUGUGGUGACGUUGGUGACGACUGGAAAAACCUGGCUGCUCGGUUGGGACUAUCUUUAACAGACAUUAGUAACAUUGACGCUGAUGGCAGAGAAAGCCGUGAAAAGGCGUAUAAGGUCAUUGAAAAGUGGUUUAAAAGAGAAGGAAUAGAAGCAACAGUAGGAAGACUCAUAAAUGCUCUAGAAGAGAUAGAGAGGAAAGAUGCCGCCCAAAAACUGCUUACAUCUGGAGAAGUAGAGGUAGGGUUAAACCGCGCCCGGGUACAAAGUGGGAUGAUACGAAAGGACUUCGAACAGUUGGUGGUGGAUGUACAGAGCGGGCAACAUACCAUAAGGAAAGAGCUCCAAGAACUGAAGAAAAUCGUCCACGCCGUAAUACCAACAGCAAAGGGUGAAGAGGAACGAGAGAAUAUUGAAACAUGGGUCGAACGCUUAGAGGCAGUAUGCAAACGACUGGAAAAGUGCCUUUCAGACCUGUACACUGAAGAAAGUGUCAAAGAAGGUCCCGAGCAGGACACCACUAGGGUGGGGAAAUCUAGCAACCAGAUUAGCGCGGCUCUUCGUGAUUUAGUGAAGAAUCUCAAAAUGAUCUAUGAAAGCUGGAGGGAGUUCGCUGAGAUAUCAUUAAAACGCGAAAAUACCUUAUGGAGCGAUAAGAAUGAUAGGUCUCUAGGUGUACGACAAGGGAAGGACGGAAUGGCUAAUCGAAGCCAGAAAGACACCGAACAAAUAUGCAAGGAACAGCGAAAGUGCGAGGAAGCGACCAUAGAAGUUUGGUAUGAAGGUGGGUUUUAG